CGAUUACCUAUCACUUCUUCACGCCAGUUUUCGCAGAAGGAAUCGUCAGCAACACAACUUCGUCAAGAUGUCAGCGUGGCUUUACUUGCUAGCCGCAAUCAUCAUGUUCGUCUCCGGCUUUUACGCCAACACCUAUCUGCGCGAAAACUACGGGAUCGAGUUCAACAGUGGAGGCAUGGCAAAGAGCGAAAGUAGCAGCAAACCCAAGGGCAAGAGAGGUGGAGGCUCUAGCCGCUCCAAAGCAUCCAAGGGCGCUUCAUCCAAGGGAAGGCGAGACAAGAAGAAAGGAGCUGAUUCGAAGGCAGGAGCCGGACCUGAAGCAGGAACCGAGUCAAAGAGGGGGAAAAGAGGUGCUCGAUCCCAUGGCAAGAAGGGUAGCCGCAGCUCGGCGGGACGCCGCUCAGCAAGCCAAGGACCAGCAGCGCGUAAACCGAUGGUCUAGAAGAACAUGAAGAUAAAAAGAUGUGUGAAGCAAUCCU